CCUACUCUAACCACUCUCACCACUCUAACCACGUUGGCGCCCCUUGGUCUCCCUUGUCCCCUUUUCUGUUUCGCUAGGCGCGUGUCGCCUCGCUCGCCCGUGCUCGUGCUCAAUGACAUGCCGAUCCGACUGAUUAAUUAAUAGUUUCUCAGGAAGAAGGUUACAGUGGCUCUAGCCAUGGCCGAUUGUCCUCCUAUUCUGCCAUGCUAAACUCACUAUCGCAGACAAUCAAUCCCUGAUCUGAAACUCGACACACUAACUCGACUCCUCUAGCUAGUCGCUAACUCUCUACUACUGGCCAUGGCGAGCGCCAGUCCACCGCCAAUCGCUGCUACUCCCGGCGGCUUCUCCUCCUCCUUUCUCCGCCGUCAAAGAAACAACACCGCCGCCAGCUUCGACCUCCCUCAGCCCUUGGCCAAUAGCACUCCUGACGCCGCACGCGCUCGGUCUAUCAGUGGCCCAUCUCCAGUUCGCAGGAAGCCUUUGCCUAGCAAUGCUUCUCCUGUGAUCACUCCUAAGCUUCCUCAAGGGACACCUCCUUCGCAACGCCAGCAGCCACCAUUGUCAUCGACUCAGCUGGACUCGCCUCGACAACUGCAAACAGUAGACGAAAACCUCCCUUUCCUCCCCAGAGACCUCGACCGAUAUCCUCGGGGCCAAUCUCCAUUCAUCCCAUUUCCUAUUGACACCUCCCGAACCUACAGCAAUCUCGAAUUAGAAACAAGCGACGACUCUGACUACCUGCCGCAUGGGACGCCAAUUCAUUCUCGUCUUGCUAGCGAACCGAUAAUCCCGGUGCUGAGGUCACCGCCGCCUCUGAUCCAUAAGAGGUCUGAGACUAUGGCCUUACAGCCUCCUCAAUCCAGGCCACCUCCUUUACACAUUGAUGCCAGCCCUCCAACUAUGCCCAACGGUUCGGGUGACAGACAACCCAAGACGCCUGGAAACAAAAUCACUUCCUUCUUCGGUUGGAAGACCACCACUUCUCCGGGAGCCGAGUCGACCAGCACCGAAAUCAGCGAUGCCGGACGAUCCCCUCUACCUUCACCAUUACCUCAACCCUUUGGCGGCUCCCCAUAUGGUGUGAAGAACGCUGUUCCAAACGACCCGGGCAUCCAUGGCUUCCCAAUGCCUCCUACCCGUAUGGGGUCGAUGGGUUCGAUUAGCGUGCCCACUUCUGGCCACUCGGUCGACCUCAUGUCUAAGGUUUCCGAACUGGAAGCCGAGCUGCGUGAGAUCAGCUCGGAGCUCGCUGGGUCUAUCAGGCGGGAGAUGGAACUGGAGGACUUGGUAGAGAGGCUCCAACUCGAAUCGCACACAGACGCCAACCGGAGAACAAGUGAUUACUUUUCGGACUCGGGUACCAGUUCAAUUCGUACUGGAACAGACGGGGGGAAGAUUGAGGAUAUUGAACGAAUCAAACGGACUUCUGAACAGGAACGGGCUCAGCUGAAAGUAGAACUGAGUCAAAAAUGGCAAGAGGAGCGGUCGAAACGCACCGCCUGCGAGUCACAUGUACAACUUUUGGAAAACCAAGUGCAACAGUUUCGUGCUCAGAGGGUCGAUGCCUCGAAUACCGUGUCCAAAAAUAAGGAACUCGAGAUUAACUUGGAGGAUACACGACGCAAGCUGAUUGAAGAGAGACAACUAAAAGAUAAUUUUGAGGACUUGCUCACUGCUAUGAGAGUUGAACUAGAGCAGCUCCGAAACGAACGAGACCACCUGCGCGAUGAGGUAGUACCUUCUCUUUCUGGACAGAAGAACAACCGAAUCCAGGCCAUUGCCGAAGAGGAUAACUUCGGCUCGCAGCGAGGUUCGAUGGUUGGUUUAUCGAGAUCAAACUCGCUAGCUCGGAUGCCGAAUAAAAGAUCCAGCUUUGCGCAGUCAGGAGGCUUAUCAAGAUCAAACUCGGUGUCAGGCAACCGGUCGGGGGAAAGCCGUGAAUCACUGGCCGACCGCGUGAAGGAUGUGGAGGCCCAGCGUGAUGCUCUACACAAGGCCCUGAAGAGCCUUCUUGAUCGACAAGCCUACCAGGCCCGUGAAAACGAGAAGCGAAUUAAGAUCCUCGAGAUAGAGUUGAGCAAGGCUGAAGAGAUUGGCUCACCACGGAAACUUGGUUAUCAAAGAGAGGUGCGAAACCUGAGAGAAGAAAUCAACCACCUUCGGCGCCGAGCGGACGAAGCCUUGGAGCAAAAAUGGCAGUGUGAAAAGGGUCUUGGUGGCCUCAAAAUGGAUCUCGACCGUGCCGAGCAGGAGACUAGCUCAUUACGAACACUGCUGCAGGAACAUGAUAUUGCUCUUCCAGAAGAGCUUUCUGCCACCAGGGACGGACUUGCCAAUGUACAGGUUACCUCAUCGUCGCUGGAGACCGCCUACCAACAAUUGCAGGCCGACAUGGAACAGGGCGGUGCCUCGCAGGAAUCAGCGAUACUUGCAGGACAAGUUCGACAACGGCUCGAGUCAAACAACGCUUUGCGUCGACGUCUUGCAGAUGCAAUUGCCAAGGGAGAGCGCGAACAAAAGAUGUCGGCUCACCGUAUCAACGACAUGCAAAACAGGCUCAAGAGUCUGGAGGAUACGCUGGUGGAUGCCCAACACCAUUCCGAGGAUGAAAUGGCGAAACACGAGGAAGAAAUCCGUUCCCUCAAAGAAAGCCACAAUGCCCAGCUCAUGCGAGCUAAGAUGGGAAUCAAGAGCCCAAUGUCUCUGUCACCAAGACCAGCGGCUAUCCCCUUUUCAGGAUCGCGGUCACCUCGUCUCGACGUGACGACUUCUGGAGAGGGGAUCCCAUUGAGCCAGCUCAUCCAGGCCGAGAGGCUCGAGCUCCGGGUGAAGGAACUUGAAAAGGCUCUGCGCGAUGCCGACUUUGAAAUGGAAGAGGUGGUACAGCGCAUGAAUCAGGCGCAGAUCGACGUUGCGGAGCUGCAAUCAGACAGGGAUGAGGCUCUCCGUCAAACUCGUCGCCUCGAAGCCGAAAUCAUGGCUAGACGCGAAAAAAUGAAUCGCAUGGGUUAACGAAUCUUCAGUCCUGUACACUAUUAACCAUCAUUUAUAUAUAUUGUAUACGCACGAUGCAUCUUCCAGCAUUGAUGGCUCCGGUGUAGCCGUUUGAUUGGCGUUGGUUGGAUAUACCAGUUUUACCUUCUUUCUGUUUUUACACAGUCUACGACAACCGCGCGUCUUUACAUUCUUCGGGUUUUGGUAAACCCGACAUGUUUUUUGAGCUUGAAUACCCACCCCCGCACUUGACUUGGGUUUAUAUUCUUUCCUUUCUGCGAAAAGCAGCUGCAUUUGAUUUCUAUGCAGCUAGCAGCUAUUUGAUGCGAUGUAUAUAUCUCUUGGAGUUUGGGUGAUGAUCGAAUGGAAGGUAUGGGACCUGUAUAUAUAAUUUACUGCGCGAGUUCUGCAACGUCCUCAACACGGUGCUAUAGUGAUUAUAAUUAAACAACAAUCAACAUUUUGG